AGCACUGAAGAAAAUAAUCAAAUGCCAGAUACACUUCCUUCUGUUAAUCCUGUGCCUGUCUUUCAAACAACUGCAUCUUCAUCAGUUAAUCAUAUAGAAGAAGAUAGUCCUUUGAUUGAAAAGCAGAAGCCAAAGGUUCUUCAAAAAUUGAAAAAGACUUCUGAGCCUAAAAAGACUACAGUUGAAGAUGAAAAGGAAUUUAGUUCAGAAGCUCAUUGCUUAGAUUCUAUGGUUCCUGAUGAUAUAACUUUUGGAGAUGAAGAUCUUGAUGAUGUUCCUGAUGGGGCAGUGAGUAUACAGCAAGCUUUUGCAGAUGAAGAACUGAUUGCAGAAUUCAAGGAAGAAAAAAAGGCUGCAGAGAAAGCAAAUAGACCUGAAGGUAUAGAUCUCUUCUUACCAGGAUGGGGAUCUUGGGGUGGCCCAGGCAUCAAGCCAUCUAAAAGGAAAAGGCAGCGGUUUUUCAUAAAGGCUUCAGAACCACCUCCAAAAAAGAAUACUCUUGGAAAUGUUAUAAUAAAUGAGGAUAAAGACAAAAAGGCAGCUGGGCAUCAGGUCAGCAAUUUACCAUUUCCAUUUUCAAAUAUUCAUCAGUUUGAAAGUUACAUUCGUCAGCCAAUUGGGCAUACUUGGAAUCCACAAAGCAGCUUCCAAAAUCUUGUAGCACCUAAAGUUGUUACGAAAUCGGGCAAAAUUAUUGAUCCUAUAGAUGUGGAAGAUGUUGUAUUAGAAAAAAGGACUAAACAGCCAGCAGUUAAGAAAUUUAAGAAAAAAGUGCAUGAGAUUAAGGCUUUUUAAAAAAACUUUUUUUGUAAAUAAAUAUUACAUUGUUAAAUGUUCUAUUUUUUCAACUAAUAAUACAUUCAUUAAAAUUAAAUGUUCUUACUGCUGAUAGAUGAAAUUUCUUUGUUGUGUGAAUAUAAUAAAAAGGCUGCCUAUAAGACACAUUUCAUCUUAUAUGUCGCAGUAAUUUAAAUGAUUGAAAAUUGAACUCUAAGGUAUUUAUUAUUUCUUCUAUAAAAGAAAAAGAAACUUAGUAACACUUUAUAAUGUAAUUUUUGGACAACAUUUGAAAUCCCAAGAUAAAUAGAAUAUGAAAAUAUUGUUUUGAAAGUGUUGAAAUUUAUAGAAUGCUGUAUAUUUUGAAAGUUGUAUUCUCUUUGUUUAAUAUAUGCUGUAAAAAAAUCAGUAAUAUAAAGCUUGCAAAGUUAUGCUGACAGUCUCUGACACAUGAGGUUAAUUUCAGAUUUGCACCUUUAUCACUUUCAUAUUUAGUUUAGUACUAUAUAUCACUUUUGUACUCCUCUCGUUUUUUACUUAUGAAACAUGCCUUUUUUUAUCCCAAGGUUUGCAUUUCAUGGCUUUUAUGUCUGGUCUUCUAAACUAAGGUUUUAUUUAUUUUUUUUUUUUUCCUUUUCUGGUAGAAAAAAGAAAGAAAAAAAAGGAACUUUUCAUUGAUUAUGUUUUAAAAAUAGCAGACUACCAAUGGCUGAGUAGUUAAGACCACUGAAUGCUGGUAGUUCGAACCCAUGUAAAUGAGCUUGCUGAUUGGUUAGUUUUCAUGGUUUUCUCCAUGUGUAACAUGAAUAUGAGCUAGUUUCCCAUAGAAAGUCCUGCAUGAAUGCAUCCUUUCCCGUAGUAAAUAACCUUUGUGUGCUCUGCAUCAUUCAAAUAACCUAAAAAGUAACAUUAUUUUUGUCUAAUAUUGACUAAAAACUUGCCAGCAUUGCAUUAAAGUCAUUACAGAGUAGGUAAUUAUUCUUUACUUAAUUUCAAAAAUUAAAAAAAGCAAGAGACAAGAAGAAACAGCUGAAGCAUUGAAUAAAUAUAAUAGGGUAAUAAUAGUAAAGUAAUAAGAAAUAAAAGGAUAAAUAAUUAGAAUAAAAUUUGUGGAAAUGAAAAAGUGCUUAUAAAUUUAAAUGAAAUUUAAUGUUAAAUGAACUAAUAAAAUAAAUAAAAGUAAGUGGUGAUAGCAAGGUGUGUUAGAAGGAAAGCAAAUACUGUGAAUAGUGCUUUUCAUUUAAACCAAAUUGCAUAUUUAUUUUGGCUUCUAAUCUGUUAAAGCAUUUUUAACCGCAUAGUUGCAGCCUAUAAAUGUUCCAUUUGAAGGGACUGCAUUUCAGCAUAAACUGCUCAAGGAUUCAUGCUUAUUUUACUCUUCCUGAGAGGGAGUAAGGCAUUCAUUAAUUAUGUAGCGUUAAUACCAAUUUUAUGAACUGCUAAAAGAAAUGCUGCAUCAGUAUCAAAUUCCUCUAAUAUAACUGUUCAACUGUGGAACAAAAUGUCAGAACUGAUUAUCAUUUUGUGUGGCUAUAUGCUUCAAUUGAAACUGUAGUUUCAGUAAAAAACUGAGAUGUAUUGGAUGCUGGCUCUGGUUGAAACUUGAAUUUUUGAAUCUGGAAAAUUAAAAAAUGCAAAUAGGAACUGAAACUUUGUAUCUUGAAGGUAGACAAAAAUAUUUUAAUGCAAAGUACUGCUGAAACUUAUACCUUUAAUUUCAAGCUAAUCAAAAAUUUAGUUUAUUAUCUGAAAUAUUUAAUUCAUCAAAAUAAUUUUGCAGUAACUUAAUCUGUGAAUAUGAGUGAAUUUAGAAGAUUUUGAACUCCACAUUAAUUAAUGAAUUUGCAGUCUUGAUGCAAGUUGAUCAGAAGUACAAGAGUAAUUUUCAUCUCAGAAUGCAAGAUUUGUGGACUGCUGUGCACAAGAUAAGUGUUCAUUGCCUACAGAAUACUUCUGCAAGCUUAUAGAAUCCAUGCAUCACCAUAUUCCUGCAGUGUGCUGUGUAGGGAACCUGCUAAUAAUUAACCUGGGUAUAUAUUCUGGUUAGUGUAAUCCUAAAUUUUAUUAUAAAUUAGUGCUUUGAUGUAUAUGAUGUAAGAUUUACUGUAUAGCUGAAGAAUCUGCUAUUUCAGCAUUAAGGAGAUAAAAAUAUCUUGAGUUAUUUUAAUCUUUAUCACAGUUAGUUUGGAGAUCUCAGGAAAUUAAGAUUAGUAUCCAGAAAUUGUGAUUGGAAGAUUGCCGGCUGCCAUCAUUUCAACAACAUUUUUAUAAACUCUUUCACAUCAGUAGAGGCUAAAGUUUGUUCCUCUUAACCUCUAAAAUGCCUGUAUAUACGAGUUUUCGUUGGAAUGGACAGCGUUAACAAUAACGAACUGAAUGAAGCCAUUACUUUUCUUUUGGGGACUUUUGUGUGAUUUCAUUCACUGUGCACAGUUUUUCCUUAGGACAGGAUAGCAGCUGCGAGCAUCAAUAGCUAAACAUUGAUGCUAAACAAAGGAGGAGGAAAUUAAAUUCAAAUAAGAGAGCUGCUUUUGGUUGCAUCAAAAGAAUAAUUAGCAUGUAAUUUAACAACUCCUGAAAAUGAGCCAUGCACUAACAUGAUGGGAGAAAGCACCAGGUAGAAAAAGGACGCAGGCGUUCAGGCAACUCGCUGAUGUCUGAAUGAACGGCUGUUUUGGGUGUGACUUCACAGUGAAUGAGUUAAAGUCUGGUGCUAGUAAUGUGCAUAGCUUUUGGUUAGUGCAGGAGUUUCACUUUGAGUACCAAUAACUUUAAAAAUAGUCUUGGUCUAUACAAACUGUAGAAUGAACUCAUCUGCCUGGUGGAGCUUGGUAGUUUUAAGAUUUGAUGAAAGCCUAUUCAAUACCAUGAACAAAGAUGACAGGUUCAGGUUGUAGGGCAGCGAACACCCAUUGUUUAGCCAUUGGUAAUGUGGGUAUUGUCCAACUACACUAUCUCUUUAAUUGAACAUUAUAAUUUUUUGGAAGAAUUUUGACAUAGUUACAUUUUUUACAUAUGAUUACAAUUGAGUUGUGACAUAUGGUGCCUUUCAUAUUCGAAUACAUAAUGGUAAAUAUAGAACAUAAUGAUAAAUACAGAUCAUAAAGUUUAAUAUAUAACAUAUUGGUACAUAAUGGCAUACAUAUAACAAUACAUUUACGAACAUGUAUAUGGCAUGAUUAUAUACAUAAAUGGAAAGAGUACUUUUUUGCCUGUAUAUGUAAGAGAGUAUAUACUGGGUCAGGCAGAAAUUAUUUUGUAUAUGAUUUUUUUUUUCAGAAUAUUUUAGACUUUUUUUUUUUAUUUUAUUGGAUGCAGAGGUGUUGUAUGGUCCUCUAGUCUUUUUGUUAAUUCUAGUCUGUACUUUUGUCAAUUUUGUCCUUCAAUAUUUUGUCAAGUAGGUAGUUUUGUCAAUUCGAAUAAAAAUUUUUUGAAAGUUCCA